UGAUCCAAAUGUCUUAAGAUAGUGACACCUGAAUGCGACCCGAUACUCGCAUAAUAUGAUAAGAUAUCGUGGCGGGUAGCCGGCGGCGGACUUCACGGUUAUAACCACCGCCAGUGCUCAUUGGUGUCCAUAAAUAACAAAAAGCCACGACUCCGACUCCGAUGGGCACCUCCGAAUCUGUUCCCCGCAAACCGCACCAGCCGAUCGAUGAGAUCACCACCGUCUCCGAGAGGAUCGAGGGCGUCGAUCCCCUUCUGGAGCGCAUCAAGUCCCUCGAUAUCGCGACGCCGCUGCUGAACUCGCUGCCUCCUUCCGAGACCAGCAUAUCCGACAUUCUUGUCAGGAAACCCUCCUCGUCCUCGUCAAUUCAAGGUAAUUUGAAUCCGAAGGUUUUGUUGGAGCUCUUCUCUAUGUAUCGUGAGUGGCAGGAAGGGAAGGUCAAGAAUAUAUGUGGAAAGCAGGAAGAGAUAGAUAGCAAGAUAGAAACUGCAGAUGCUCUGGCUGUUAAGCUUCUUCAGCGUUUCAAUUAUUCAGUUUCAGCUAUGAGAUCGACUGCUCACGGUCUUGCCGAAGCAUUUACAGGUAGAAGUUGGCGAACUUAAAGGCAGACUUACGGAGGUGAUAAGCAAUUGCGAUGCAUUAUGCAAGAGAAUUGCGGCAGAAGGAGCAGAGUCGAGUCACUUGGCUCAUCUGUGAAUUCGACGUUCUCAGCCAACAAUAUGGAGAGGUACGGUCCGUUCAACACACGUGUGGUUUGUAAACAUUCCAGAGUUUCCACAUGCAUUUCCCGAUGUUAAAAGGCAAACAGAAUCCCUUUCUCCAUCAUGCACAUCUGUUUUUGAAGAACUGUACCGUCCGUCAUCUGCAUCAAUAAAAGUCAUUCUUAUAAUAUGACUUUAUAAAA